CCUGCGACCGGCAGUGUCCGCAGCCAUGGCGGCUGCCUGGCUCCCCGCGCGGCGGGCCCUGCAGCCUGGAGCCAGGACCCUGCGUGCCUUCGCCACCGCCGUGUCUCCGACCACUGUGGCCCGGAAACCGAGCCCGCGUACAACUGAAAGAACAUCCAGAUCUGAAAGGCCACCAAGAAGAAAGGCACUACCUCCUAGGACUGAGAAAAUGGCUGUUGACCAGGACUGGCCCAGUGUUUACCCAGUUGCAGCACCAUUUAAACCCUCUGCAGUACCUCUUCCUGUUCGAAUGGGUUAUCCAGUAAAAAGGGGGGUGCCCAUGGCGAAAGAGGGAAAUCUAGAACUUUUAAAGAUCCCUAAUUUUCUGCAUUUGACUCCUGUAGCAAUUAAAAAGCAUUGUGAAACUCUUAAAGAUUUCUGCACUGAGUGGCCAGCUGCACUAGACAGUGAUGAAAAAUGUGAGAAGCAUUUUCCAAUUGAAAUCGACACAGCUGAUUAUGUUUCAUCAGGACCAUCUAUUCGAAACCCCAAAGCACGAGUAGUAACUUUAAGGGUUAAACUUUCCAGUUUGAAUUUAGAUGAUCAUGCAAAGAAGAAACUUAUUAAACUUGUAGGAGAGCGAUACUGCAAGGCCACAGAUGUGCUUACCAUCAAAACAGACAGGUGCCCUUUAAAGAGACAGAAUUAUGAUUAUGCAGUGUAUCUGCUAACAGUUUUAUACCAUGAGUCUUGGAAAACGGAGGACUGGGAGGAAAAUAAGACUGAAGCAGACAUGGAAGAGUAUAUAUGGACAAAUAGCUCCUCAGAAAAAAAUAUCCUGGCAACACUUCUCCAGAUUCAAGCUGCAGAGAAAAACCUGGACGUAGAUAAGGAACAGCUCCUUGGCACUAAAGAGGUUGAGGAUUACAAGAAGUCUGUUGUUAGUCUUAAGAAUGAGGGGGACAAUGAAAAUACCCUUUCUCAGUACAAAGAAUCAGUGAAGAGACUAUUAAAUUUAACGUGAAUUAUGUAGGAAAAUGUGCUUGAUUCAUUAAUUUUAUGAUUUACGUGUAAUUGUUAUCUAAUUUGAUAUAAAGUUGAAAAUGUUAAAAA